AAUGAUUUUCUUUUGUUUUGUUUUGCGUUUUUUGAAAAAAAAAUCCCAAAUACUGGUCAAGAUAUUACUAUAAUAGAAUUAUUAUUUCGAUGUAUAAAUUCAGUGCCCGGUUUUUUGGCUUUCAUUUCUCCUCCUGAAACAUUCUGACUCCCUACAAUUACUGAACACCUAACUCGUUCCACCAGAAAUCCAAAAUCAUGAAGAAAGGAAACUUAGGCCUCAAUCUCAAGCUCAAUGUUCCUGCAUCUGAUCAGGUUUCCUUCGCCAAGUUUCUGACGGAAAGCGGGACGUUUAAGGAUGGGGAUUUGCUUGUUAAUCGGGACGGAGUUCGAAUUGUGACUGAGACUGAAGUCGAAGCUGCACCCCCUAUCAGACCUCUGGACAACCAGUUGAGUUUGGCAGACAUAGACAUAAUCAAAGUGGUUGGCAAGGGAAAUGGUGGGGUAGUGCAACUGGUGCAACACAAAUGGACUAAUCAGUUUUUUGCACUAAAGGUUAUCCAAAUGAAUAUUGAGGAGUCCAUGCGAAGGCAGAUAGCACAAGAGCUUAAGAUCAAUCAGUCAGCUCAAUGCCCGUAUGUUGUUAUUUGCUAUCAGUCAUUCUAUGAUAAUGGUGCCAUAUCAAUCAUCUUAGAGUACAUGGAUGGAGGUUCUUUAGCAGAUCUUCUGAAGAAAGUUAAAACAAUUCCAGAAAAAUAUCUUGCUGCUAUCUGUAAGCAGGUGCUCAAGGGUUUGAUAUAUCUUCACCAUGAACAUAUUAUCCACAGGGACUUAAAACCUUCUAAUCUGUUGAUAAACCAUCGAGGGGAGGUAAAGAUUACUGACUUUGGUGUGAGUGUAAUAAUGCAAACAACAUCUGGUCAAGCAAAUACUUUCAUCGGCACAUACAACUAUAUGUCUCCAGAGAGAAUAGAUGGGAGCCAGAAUGGCUAUAACUACAAAAGUGAUAUAUGGAGUUUGGGACUGAUAUUGCUUGAGUGUGCUACUGGGCGGUUUCCAUAUACACCACCUGAUCAAGGUGAAAGAUGGGAAAGUAUUUUUGAGCUAAUUGAAACUGUUGUUGAUAAACCUCCUCCCUUUGCUCCAUCUGAUCAGUUUUCUCCGGAAUUCUGCUCGUUUAUCUCUGCAUGUUUACAGAAAGACCCAAAAGAUAGACUGUCAGCUCAGGAUCUUAUGGGACAUCCUUUUAUCAACAUGUAUGGGGACUCAGAUGUAGAUCUUUCGGCUUAUUUCAAGAAUGCAGGAUCCCCGCUUGCAACUGUGCCUACUUCUACUUGAUCAUAGAAAUUAUGAAGGACAUUUUUUUUUUGGAUAUCAAGUGGAUUCGUCGAUUAUGAGACUUGCAAGUGCCGUGAUCCACGAGGCUGCGAUGAUUAAGACUUCAUGAAGAAUUUUAGGGCUGAAGAUGAUCAGCGUCCACGGACCGCGAAAAGUUUGAAUUUUUAUGAUGGGAACUAAGGAUACAUUACUAGUGUUAUUUGCCCUAUAUGCGGAUUGCAUGGUUUGUUGUACAAAUUAUUGAGAUCAUAGUUUGUAUGGAUGUUGCAAAGGCACGUCUAAAUCUAUGCCAAAGGUUUUGAAUUCAUUAUAUCCAAGUCGUUUGCAAGUUCA